UCUAACUUCUCUCCCUCUCCAACUUUCUUUCUCUCUGCAAUGCUUUUUCUCUUCACUAGGGUUUUUUUCUCUAACCUGUCCUCUCUACCGACAGUCCUCAGUUUGUUUCUAGUCUUGUACGUCCUCUGUAGUGCCCUCUCCUUUUUUUUAAUGGCUGCCUCUUCAAUUUGAGUUCUGCACAAACACCGUGGAAAUAUAACUCCUGAGAUUCGUAGGGGGCUUACACAGAAGAAAAGUGUGUUUCAUCUUUCAAACUCUCUGUCCUCUCUCUCUUCAGAAGUUUGACUGUACUUUGAAGACAGAUGGUUUGUGAUGUCUCCUUCUUUUGGUGUGUGUACUCUCUACUCGUUCACGUUCACGUUCUGCAACUUCUCUCUUAGUUGCUGCAAUGUCUCCUCUCUCUACCUGUUCAAGGCUUGAUAACCAGGAGAAGGCCAUGGUUGGAACUCUUAGGUCUAAAAUGGCAGUAGAUUUUUAAGCCUUCUUUGACAGAGAAACCGGAAGCUGGAACCAUGGCGACAACUGUUGUUAGAAAGCAAGUAUUGAUUGAACAGCAAGAGAAAUCUCACUUGGGUGGCCAAAUUGAAAGAAGACGGGUUAAAACCUCUGGUACUAACAUCCACAGGGAGUGUAUGGAAGAAUCAGUUCCAGACCGUGUACAAAAAGCAAAGUUGAGGGUAAACAGAGCACGUGCCUCUAACUCGGUUCUCGAAUCACAGUCGAGAGCAAAGGUUUCAAAUAAGAGGACCAUACUUCUAUCUGAGCUGUCUCCUGUGAAAAAACAGAGAGUUCUAAGUGAAAGUAAUGAAAAAAAACAGAGAGUUCUCAGUGAAAGAAAUGAAGGCAGUAAAUAUCAAGGGAGAGUUCUUCAUGGCUCUGGCAAAAUGGCCCAUCGUCAUGUUUGCUGUGAUAUAUAUUCAAGGCUAGAACCAAUACCAUGGGGUAUUGAGGGCGAAACGGACUUGGGUUUACCUCAAAUGGCAAUUAAACCACGAAUUUCUCUCAGUGAGAGGAUACCAACCAUAGAGGAGGUGCGGAAAACCUUAAGACUGUAUCAAUGGGCAUACAGGAAGUUUUCUCAAGAUACAGAAGGAAAUAUUUUCAGAGGAGAGAGAAACCCACCAAAUAGGCCGGAGUUAUGGGCAAUGGAAUUUCUUAGAGAGAAAAACAAGUUUGUGAACACUGGAGAUCCCAUACUUGGAAAAGUGCCUGGAAUCGAAGUGGGAGAUGAGUUUCAGUUCAGGGCUGAACUCAUUGUUGUGGGGCUUCAUAGACAACGCCAAGCCGGCAUUGACUGCAUGCGUAAAAAUGGCACACUUCUAGCUACUAGCGUUGUGAUUUCGGGAGGCUAUGCUGAUAACGACGACCAGGGAGAUGUGAUUAUAUAUUCAGGGCAUGGAGAUAAUGCCUCUUAUGUGGUUAAAGGAAAGCCUAAGGACCAGAAGCUAGAGAGAGGAAACCUUGCUUUGCUUAACAGCAAAAGGUUCAAGACCCCUGUUAGAGUGAUUAGAGGAUUCAAGAAGUCUAAGAAAUGUCCAUUGGCUUUGGGCAUCCAAGGUUUUGUUAAUGGAAGGAAACCCCUAAUGUAUACCUAUGAUGGUCUGUAUCAAGUGGAGAGCCACUUCAUAAAGAGAGGAUCACAUGGGUGUGAUGUUUUCCAGUUCAUUUUGAGGAGACAACCAAACCAGCCAGAGCUUGUCUUGAACCCCUUCAAGCAGGUUGAUAAAUUUAGGAGGCUUGCAGGUCUUGAGAGGGUCAUUGUUAGAGAUGUUUCCAAGAGAAUGGAGACAAAACCCAUUUGCGUGGUGAAUAACAUCAACAGGGAUGCUCCUUCGCAAUUUGAAUACAUAAAGAAAAUGAUCUAUCCUAAGAUUUACAGCCCCUCUCCUCAUGAGGGGUGUUCUUGUAUUGGCAGAUGCUCCGAAAUUGCAAAUUGCUCUUGUGCUAUCAAGAAUGGGAAAGAGUUCCCUUACUCUAAUGGUUGUCUUGUGGAAUCGAAGCCAUUGGUGUAUGAAUGUGGUCCCUCUUGCACGUGCCAUCCAUCGUGUGGCAACAGAGUAAGCCAAGGUGGUAUUAAAUUUGAAUUGCAGCUGUUUAAAACUAAACUGAAAGGGUGGGGUGUGAGGCCCUUGGGUUCAAUUCCAUCUGGUAGUUUUAUUUGUGAAUACCUUGGGGAGAUUCUUACUAGGAAAAUGGUGGAGAAACGAGUUGGGCCCAAUGAAUAUUUCUUUGAUAUUGGGGUCAACUUCACCGAUAAGUCCUUUAAAGAUACUCUUUCAUUUCUUGUUCCUGAAUCUGAACCCACUGAAGCUUGUGAUACUGUGGAGAUCAAGGGUUUCACCAUUGAUGCAUCAAUAAAUGGAAAUGUCGCGAGGUUUAUCAAUCAAAGUUGCUCACCAAACCUUUAUGCACAAAGUGUUCUUUACGAUCAUGGCGAUAAGGCAGUGCCUCAUAUAAUGCUGUUUGCUGGAGAGAACAUCCGUCCCUUCGAGGAGCUUACUAUUUACUAUAAAUUUGCUUUGAAUCAUGUUUGUGAUAACAACAGCAAUCGAAAGAAGAAAAAAUGCCAUUGUGGUUCUUCUGAGUGCACUGGAUGACUCUCUUGAAUUAAAUGUGUAUAGGUGCCUUUCUAUCUUGAACUAAAAUUUUGUAUAGUUGAGUUAGCUUGAUAUUUGCCCAUUUUUUGUUCUCUGUUUGUAAUGGGCGCAUUCAGGUAGCUUGAUAUGUGCCCACUUUAUGUUCUUUGUUUGUAAUGGGCGGAUUCCAUGCUUUUACUCAAGAAGAUAGUUUUACUCAAGAUAGUUUCUUUUGAUUGUUUUGUCUUUGUAACUUUUCUUUUGAUCGUUGUCUUUGUGACUCUCACUUCUAAAAUACAUUUUCA